AGCAAUGAACGCAGAACACAUUGCGCAGCGUCUGCAGCCAAAUGCAGCACAUCCCAGCUCCUCACCAGCUUCUAUUAGGAAUAUUCUUCAAAUGGAGGCGUCAUCAGAGUGCUGUCCUGUAGCUGGAGCUGGACACAGACGCACCGAGCACCGCUGAUGUGAGAUCCAAAACAAAAGAGACAUGUCUGCCGCGCAAGGACUUCUCAACAGUGUCUUCUCCUGCUCCUCUCCUGCCUCCAAAGCCAUAACUAAAAGGAGGCUCCGCCAAACCCGCAGCCUGGACCCCGCUAUAAUCAGACAUUGUAGCACCGGAGCCGAUGAAGCCAUGGGAGCACCGCUUUCUGAAGCACCGGCUGCGGAUGCAGGUGCGUUACCGGAGCGCCUGGCUGUGAAACCGUCUUUACGCACCAAGAUUCCGAUACUCAAGGAGCCAAUUACCCCGUCCCUCUCCACCCCUUCCAUCCCUCUGGAUGUGUCUCCAUCCUCCAACUUCCACUUUGACUAUGAUAUAGUGAAGCGUGCCAAAAGGAAUACCGCAGGGGAUUUACCAUUUCUGGUGAGGGGCCCCGGUGCCACACCGCCCGGGAGCACCGGGACUCUGUUCUCGCCCCGGAGGUGGCUGCAGAAGAAAGUGCAGCCGUCCAGCUCUCACGCUUACGUCGUGUGGAAAUCAGAGGGUGAUUUCACCUGGAGCAGCCUGUCGGGGCGGAGCGUGCGUCUGACGCCAGUUGCCAUCCAGAGCCUGUCGGAGCUAGAGAGGGCCAGGCUGCAGGAGGUGGCGUACACACGUUUACAUCAGGACUACGACCUGGGAUGUCAGAUCACCAUUCCAAAAGAUGGACAGAAGAGGAAAAAGUCACUGAGGAGGAAGUUGGACUCUCUCGCAAAGGAGAAGAGUAAAGACAAAGAGUUUAUACCCCAAGCCUUCAGUAUCCCGCUCUCCCUGGUCAUCGCGAAUGACAGGACACACCGGCAGCGUCAGGACGGCUAUCGCCAGGAUCACCCACAGCGCGAGGAGCACAAAGACUCCUCCGACCUCGUCUCAUCCAUUUUACAGUUUGCUACCAAGCGUUCGUCCAAUAAGGAGUUAUCCAGCAGUAACUCAUCGCUGAGUUCGACAUCCGAAACGGCCAACGAAUCAACAUCACCCAACACUCCCGAAGCUGCACCGCGAGCCCGCAGGAGGGGAGGCAUGUCAGUGGACUCCAUCACUGACCUGGACGACAACCAGUCGCGCCUGCUGGAAGCACUGCAGCUCUCUCUGCCGGCCGAAACGCCGAGUAAAAAAGAGAAGCACCGGGACAAAAGGCUAAGCCUCAACCCCAUCUACCGUCAGGUGCCCCGGGUGGUUGACAGCUGCUGUCAGCACCUUGAGAAAUAUGGUCUGCAGACUGUGGGGAUCUUCAGAGUGGGCAGCUCCAAGAAAAGAGUCAGACAGCUACGAGAUGAGUUUGAUCGCGGCAUCGACGUCCAGCUGGAUGAAGAGUACAGUGUUCACGAUGUGGCUGCCCUGCUGAAGGAAUUCCUCAGGGACAUGCCUGACCCUCUCCUUACCAAGGAGCUCUACACCGCCUUCAUCAACUCCACAUUGUUGGACCACGAUGAGCAGCAGAGUGUUGCUCAGUUAUUGGUCUAUCUGCUACCAGCAUGCAACAGUGACACGCUCCAUCGCCUUCUGGACUUCCUGUCCACCGUCGCUGCUCAUGCCCAUGACCAGCGGGCCAAAGACGGUCAGGAGAUCACAGGGAACAAGAUGACGUCCUUAAACCUGGCCACCAUCUUUGGCCCCAACCUUCUCCACAAGCAGAAGAGCUCAGAUAAAGAGUUCAGCGUGCAGAGCUCGGCCCGCGCGGAGGAAAGCACGGCCGUCAUCGCUGUACUGCAGAGGAUGAUCGCCAGCUACCAGACCCUCUUCAUGGUGCCUCCUGAUCUGCAAAAUGAGGUAUUGAUGAGUCUGUUGGAGACUGAUCCUGACGUGGUCGACUACCUACUGAGGAGAAAAGCAUCGCAGAGUCCUGACCUGCUACAGUCAGAAGAGUCCUUCACCCUGAGCGAGCGCCACUCCUCCAGUGACUCCAACAAGGUGUCGAGUGGCGAGGUGUCCCCGUAUGACAACAACUCGCCGAUACUGAGCGAGCGCAGGGGAGAACCGGGCAUCAAGCAGCAUUUCCAUGUGCCAGAGCAGUUCACUGUGCUGGGGCAGGUGGGCAGCUGGAGCAGAGAGUCUGGAACAGCUGAUCCAUGUGGCACCAAAGACUCGAUAUCUGAGGAGCAUGCUAACAUUUGGGGGACGUGGCACAGCACUCUGAAACCAAUACUAAAGGACCAGUCUUACACAGGUUCCCAUGGCAACAUGUCAGAGGGAAGCUCCCGCAGCUCACAGGAAGGUCUCGAUGGACUCCAUGGCGAUGGCAGGCACCAGGCAGCGGUGCAGCCGACUCUGACGGCACCCGGCAUCACAGAGUGCAGACCCCACCCCCCCGUCACCAGAGUGUGUGCCAGCCCCCGCGCAGAACACUUACAGCGGAACAUCAGCCCAUCUGCGACAUCACAUCUCAACAGCACGCAGAGCCUCCAGCGGGCAGGCGGACACAGAAUUAACUCCCGACACCAAGGUGGGGCGAACACUGCCGACGGGGAACCCGGCGCGCUUGGCGAAGGCCGCUUUCCGCCGCCUUAUAACGCCCACCAUCGACUGGCUAUUUCUCAAAGUUCACCUCAGCUGGCUGGGGCUCAGCGGCCCCCUCUGCAGCAUGGCAGGUCAAGCACAGUACAGAGUCAUUCAGCCUCAGCAACAGACGGCCACAUGGUGCCGCAGAGCCCGGAGUGGCAGGACUGGCAGAGGGACCGUUGGCAGAUCUGGCAACUGCUGUCCUCAGACAAUGCUGACACACUGCCUGAAACGCUGGUGUGAACUCACACCGUGGACUCCCACUCUGCCAACAUGCGCAUCGUCAAUUGACAAUCCUCAUCAAGCACCCUCCGCUUGUCCCUCGCCUUGCCUUCCACCCAUGGAUUUCAUCCUUUUCAUGAAACCUCCCCCAUGUGUCUCUGGCAUCUAUAGCGCCAUGGCGUUGUUGUUUACAUGUGCAGCUGCGGCCUUAUAGCGAUUUGUACAUCCAGAAGCCACUAGUAUUUCUUCUUUUGUGUGGAUGUUCAAAGGUUGCUCCUGUUGCCAGCUCGUCUCUUAUGUCCAUAAUGAAAAAAAAAAAGAAAAAAAAAGCCCAUCAGAAAUACCUCAAAAAAACUCUCUCUCUUUGACACAUUUUCAGAACAAUGCCAUGUCCACUGCUUUUCUGAGAACGUUUGAUCCUUGUACAUUGGGACGGCACCGUUUCUUCACUUUGUUAUAUUUUAAUGUCGUCAUUUUUUUUUUUUUUUUUAAACAAUUCACCGUUAAACUAAGAUGUACGCAUUAGUAUUUGCUGCUAUGUGUGGACCUUAUUAUGUGCGUUCAGCCACAUCCGUCUCAAAUGUUGAUUUACUUUUCAGCAUCAAAUUCUUUGACUGUAUAUAUACAUGUAUAUACACCCAAACUGCUGACAAAUAUAAACAAUAUAUAUGUAAAAUGACAUGUUAAGUCUUUAUUUUUGCCUAUCUACCUAAAAGUAUGUCAGCCCUUUACGAGACAGCCUCCGUCUUGGCGCUUUCGCUCUAUAAUAUUUGAAUGUAAAAUGCUUCACUUGUGGCAAAAAUGCUUCGACAUGAUUACAAAGCACUUAGCUGUGAGUUUGCUUCUUACUCCCUGCUGCUCCGCAGGAACAACGUGCCAAAGUCUUUCCUUUACUUUCUUUCUCGAACUUUAAAGAUAUUUAUCGCACAGUCAAGUAAAAAUCAAGAGCUUGAGACAACUGUACGACACAAAGGAAUUCAUCCGUGGGUUAUUGUGAGUAUCACAUUUGCAGCUAUUUAUAAAACGACUAGACACAGUAGGAACACACGUGUAUGUGAAUGACACUGACUGAUCUGUAUCUGUUUUACCUCUCCUGCUAGACUGAACAUUCUAACUGGGUGUGGACGCAUUUUACGACGAAAAGGAUUCUUACGCUUUAAAUUAUGCCAUUGCAAUUCAUUAAAAAAAAAUAUAUGUAUAUAUAU